CAGUGGCGCAAUCAAGCCUGGUCAGGAGUGUUACGUCAUCAAGCCUGGUCAGGAGUGUUACGCCAAGCCUGGUCAGGAGUUUGUGUAUCACGAUGGUGACGGCGAACAAUGACUCGGGCGGGGACGCGAGUGGUUCCCUCAGCAAGGUAACGUUCGGGAGGAAGGGCGGAUGUUACAUCACCAAGGGCGUGACGGUGCUGCUGGUGGUGCUCUUCGUCAGUGCUACAGUGACCACGGCGCUCCUCGUCUACUACUUCGCCCCAUACGUCAGGCACGAGACUCCCCACCGUGCCUCCAUCGUCAGCCAUGUCCUCCCUUCGUCACAGCGCGUCAACAACAUGCAGACGGCUUCAGGUGGCACCAAGCCUGGACCUCCAAAGUCACCCAGACCAAAAUUUACAAGUUCCAUAAUGCAUUCUUCCUCAACGUCUUCACUCACCACCACAACAUCUUAACCCCUGUCACGUUCGCACUUGGAACAACAGUCACGUCCGUACCUCCAACCACAAGCAAGUCCGUUGGUCCGUCCAGCUCAGGUGUAGUCAAGAAGAGACCAGAUGUCCGGUUACCCAGAGCCCUCAAACCCACCCGCUAUGUCGUCAAACUUCAGCCUUUCAUCAACGGAGACUUCAGCAUCAGGGGAUAUUUGGAGGUGGAGAUGGUCGUCCUUGAACCUACCUCCAACAUCACCCUCCACAUUGACAAUAGGACGAAGAAUGAUACUGUCAGGAUCAUACCCGUGGCCGACUCAACAAGGCCAGCACCAACUAUAACUCACCACACAUACGACCAAGAGCGACAGUUCUACAUCGCCAGUCUGUCAGAGCCGCUGGAAGCUGGCACGAGUUAUGUACUGACCAUGGCCUUCCUCGCUCACCUCAACACACAGCUCAAUGGAUUCUAUAAGUCACAGUAUAAGGACGAGGAUGGCACAGACAGGUGGGUGGCGGCGACAUUGUUCCAGCCAACAGAGGCCAGACGCGCCUUCCCCUGCUUCGACGAGCCUGAACUAAAGGCCACUUUUGAGAUAUUUCUGGCGAGGGAACAUCACAUGACCUCCCUGUCUAACAUGCCACUUAUGGAGACCUUCCCUAUGGAGAGACAGGAGGGAUGGGUAUGGGAUCACUACCCCCCCAGCGUACCCAUGUCAACCUACUUAGUCCUUGCCGUCUCUAACUACACCUACAUCCAGUCUAAUGAUCUUAACCACGUCAUGUUCCGAGGUGGACGAGAGGAAGUCAUCGACCACGCCCACUACUCCCUCAGGAUAGGUCAAGAAAUGUUGGCCUUCUACGAGUACUACUUCGGUAUCCCGUUCCCCUUGCCCAAGCUCGACUCCAUCACAGUGCCAGAAAACGUCGGUGGUAUGGAGAACUGGGGCCUGGUACUGUAUGGGGAAACAUCGUUGCUGUACGAGGCGGGGGUGUCGUCAGCGGCCAACAAGCAGAGCACAGGAUUCAUUGUGUCCCACGAGUUGGCCCACCAGUGGUUUGGGAACCUGGUGACACCGCGUUGGUGGGACGACUUGUGGCUAAAUGAAGGUUUCGCUUCCUACACGGAGUAUGUGGCGCUUGACCAUGUAGAGCCAAGCUGGAGUGUGAUGGAACAGUUCGUUUUCAUCGACAUACAUGACGUGUUCGCCAUCGACUGCCUGGAGUCUUCACACCCCAUCAACCUCCCGGUCCAACAUCCUGACGACAUUAAAAAUUUUGACCGAAUUACCUACGCUAAAGGAGCUUCAGUGAUCCGCAUGAUGAACCACUUCCUGACGGAGGCCACCUUCAGGAGAGGCCUCGCUGACUACCUCAGUGCUCUUCAAUAUGGCAGCGCAGUACAAGACGAUCUGUGGGAGUACCUGACGAAGGCCGCCCACCAGGACCAGACACUGCCUCCGGAGAUGACAGUGAAGAUGGUGAUGGACACGUGGACGCUGCAGAUGGGUUACCCGGUCAUUAAGGUAGUGAGGAGUGAAGAUGGGACCUCAGCCACCAUCUCUCAGGAACGGUUUCGCCUGACGAAGAGAGAGAACCAGACCACCAGUCACGACUACAGGUGGUGGGUGCCUUUGACCUUCACCAGCCAAGACAACCCAGUCUUCAGCGUCACACAACCCAUGGCCUGGAUGAAAAACACUGAUGCACAGAUCAUCGUGUUGCCACUACCCAAGAAAGAGGAUUGGGUCGUGUUCAACCUACAACAGACGGGGUACUACAGGGUUAACUACGACGACCACAACUGGGGUCUGAUCAUUCACCAGCUCCUCACAGAUCACUCGGUCAUUAAUGCGCUCAACCGCGCGCAGCUCCUCGACGACGCCUUAGACUUGGCCCGUGCCAGCCAGCUAUCAUACGAUAUUGCGCUACGUGUGGUCGGGUACCUGAACAGAGAGACAGAGUACGUGCCGUGGGCCUCUGCGUUAGACAACAUGGACUACCUCUACAACAUGUUCACACACUCACCUCACUACGCCGCCUUUAAAAAUUAUCUACUCGAUCUGAUCAUGCCAUUAUACGAGUCAGUGGGCUUUGCGGAUAACUGGCAGGAUCCGCACUUACAGCAGUACAAGCGGGUCCUAGCGUUGUCGUGGGCGUGUAAACUGCAACACCAGGACUGUGUUGAUAACUCCGUCAGCCUCUUUCACCAGUGGAUGCUCAACCCAGCCAAUCACAGCAUCAUCUCGCCCAACUUGCGGAGUACCGUGUACUGUACCGCAAUCGCUGCUGGAGGUCAAGUAGAAUGGGACUUCGUGUGGGCUCAGUACCUCAACACCAGCGUCAGAACCGAGAAACAGAAGCUGCUGAGUGCUCUGGGCUGUACCAAGCAGACCUCCAUCCUCUCUCGGUUCCUGGAUAUGGUGUUCGGCGAAGCUGGCGGCAUCAAGUACAGCGAGUCGAGAAAUGCUUAUUACUCUGUGGCAAAGAACGGCCUAGGACGUCCCCUCGUGUGGCCCUACUUCAGGAACCACUGGCAGGAGAUCCGUCAGAGAUACGCGUCAGCGUUUGAUCUGCACCGAUUUGUGAAGAUAGCUACUUCUGCCCUCACUACUGCUGAGGAUCUGCAGGAGGUGCAAGCUUUCCGGGAGGCCGAGGCGAGCGACCUGCAGUCAGCGGACAGAGUGAUGAACCAGGCAGUGGAGAAGAUAGUUGGUGACAUCAUCUGGCGCAACCAAAACCAUGAUUACAUUGUACAGUGGCUACACCAUCAUGGUUACUCCCUCUAGUUGUGGCUACACCAUCAUGGUUACUCCCUCUAGUUGUGGCUACACCAUCAUGGUUACUCCCUCUAGUUGUGGCUACACCAUCAUGGUUACUCCCUCUAGUUGUGUUGUAUCAAAACUUUUAGUUAUAUAAUUAACUACGUUGGCCAUAAAUAUAUUUUUUAUGAACAAGUUUGCUAAAGAAAAUAGUAAUUUUAAGGAGUAACGCUAUUAAACUAUUCCUUCAUUGAAAUUUAUAGAAAGACAUUUGAGGGCGCGCGCGCGUGUGUGUGUGUGUGUGUGUGUAUUAUACCCAGGGGCUUUUCUAAUCACCUCACCUAUUUAACCUACCGAUUGGUUAGCAUUGUUUGUAUACCUAUGCAUUGUUAUGCACACAUUGCUGGCCAAUAUAAACCUGUAUGCCGAGUUAUACUGAAUAACCAGGUACAAUAACAAAGAAAAUCAUCCCAAACUAUUCUAUAAAACAACAACCAGACGCGUGUUUAGGGCCAAUCACCUCGUUCUUGGGGCAGCCCGUCUGUACAGUUGUUUAUAUUCUCAUUAUGUACAAAAACAAUAAUAUUUGGGUGUAUGAACAUUGUACCAUACAUCUGGACACACAGCCGAUUUCAAUUUCAUGUUAUUAAACACAAGACAAGAACAUAUCACUCAAAUCCUCCCAUUUCCAUUUCUUUUAUUUUUUUUUUUUUUUGCUUACUGUAUUUUGGGGCGCUGUACCAAUUACUCUACUAAUGACAAACUCGACUCUGAAUAAUAGUCUUUAUUUUUUAUAAUUUAAGGGUGAAUAAGGUUAAGUAAUGCAUCUGUUUAUCAAAUGACAAAAACAGUGAUAGGAAAACAAUACAGUAUUGUAAAACCGUGUAAAUAAAAUCGCUUAUGAUAUA